GAAUAAAAAAGUAGCGUGACGAUGUGUUUGCACCAAGCGCUAUACUCUGAAUUGGGCAAGUCUUUUCCCCUUCUAUAGAUUGAAGUUUUGCCACAAAAGACGAUGAAUCUUUUAAGGACCUCUGUGAUAGUCCGGGAGCGGCUACAGUUCCUUUUAUUCUCCGUACCGUCACGUUUGUUAUUUCGCCAUCGCCGUUCUCUGGACACAGUUCCUCGCACAAAAUAUCUAUGGAUCAGCACUAGUUUCUGUUCCAGAUCGUCCAGGGGGUUGCCAAGUAACCCAUUCUGUGGUCAUCUAUAUACUUCAUUCUUGCAUACUUUGGGGUUCCUAGGCCAUGAUUCCAUGGUUCUAUAGUCUCUUUAUCAUGUAAUAAAGUUUGUGAUUGCUGGAUGCUUGUCUAUGUCACAGAUAUUGAUGAGAUGGUAAAGUUAAUGGCCAUAGAGUCGGCCCUUUUAUCCUCCAAAGCUCUCAUUCCACAGAUUUUUAGGUUCUAGCACUCUUUCUUUGUGGUUUCCAGUGCAGCUACCAUUGCGGGUUUUGCCUCUAAUUUGCACGAGUCUAUGAGUUUGUGGUAGGAAUGGGAAAUAGUAUCUGCUCCGGUGUAGUUCUAUGGGUUCCCCGGGAUUAUCUAUGGAAAUCUCUGAGGAUUCUGCAUUUUCAUCCCCUUCACUUACAUGACUGGCUUAACAUUUUCUGUGGAGUCUAUAUUACAAUCUGUCGAUGGUACUAGGAGGAUCAAUGGUUGAUGACCAAACCUCCGUAACUACAACACUCGUUAAUACGUCUCUUGCUAUAUCUUAGUUUGGCUUUGUUAUUUCUCUAGUGCACUCAGUCAUGGUAAUCGUUGUUACUACUCUUGUAUUCUUCAAGUAAAACUCUUUUCAUUACAACACCUUCGUUCUUGAAUGCCCACUUGCAGAC